AUGAAGAUGUUUAUCGCCCUCCUGGUAGCCACGGUGGCGCUAGCCGCCGAAGGAUCUUACGUGUCCACAGCGUGGCCAGCACACUCCGUAGGAUGGAACAACUGGAACGGUUGGAAUGGAUGGAAUAAUGGAUGGAACAAUGGCUGGAACGGAUGGAAUGAUGCCGGUGUGUUGAGCUACCCGUACGCCAAAUCGUGGUCAUCUUCUUGGAAGGCAGCUCCGCUGUACAAGGGCUGGAACGGAUAUUACGGUGGUGCCGAUUCCUGGGGCCUCCCCUGGGGAUCCUAUGCAAAUGACUGGGGACAUCACGGAGUCGUAAAGACUGUUGUGCCUGCCAAGGUUAACUCGUGGGGACUGCCAUGGGCAUCGUACGGCGCUGGAGCUUACGGAUGGGGACACUAG